CAUUUUCGGGGGUUUUCGUUGUUACUGAUAGUGUAUAAAAUUGUAAUUUGUAAAAGUAAAAUGUUAAUAUAUUUUGCAUUUGCUAGAUAAUUUAAAUGGUAUCUUCGUCAUAGCGAAAUCUAAAAACAAAUACUAAAACAUUAAAAUGUGGAAAUAUAUCAUGAAUAGAACUAAAUCGCAAGUUUUUCAGUGCGUUUGUACAAGAGAUAUUAAUAAUUCUGUGUGUAGUAUAGCUAAAAUUCACAGAGAAAUUUAUACCAGAUUGUAUCCAACUAAAGUGGUUUUACCUAAUGGAGCUUCCAUUAAUAUUAGAUAUCAUGAACCAAGAAAAAUAAUCAAGUUACCUCUGGACUUGUCUCUUCUAACAGAGGAAGAGAAAAAGGCUAGAUUGGAGAGAAGAAAACCAAAGAGGAAAGUUAAAAUUACUGAAACCAUAGAAGAUAAUUACAAUGCAAAGAAAUAUUUAAAAUAUCUUAAGAAAAAGUAAACUAGUGGUGGUUGUUUAGCCUUAGUCAUAUAUAAUGAGUUUAUGUAAAAUUAGUAAAUAUUAACUUAAAAAAUAAAAGAUCCCAUGUUUUUUAA